AUGGACAUGGACGUGGACGUGGACGUGGAUGUGGACGUGAACAUGGACAUGGACGUGGACAUGGACGUGGACGUGGACGUGGACGUGGACAUGGUCGUGGACGUGGACGUGGACGUGGACGUGGUCGUGGACGUGGACGUGGACGUGGACAUGGACGUGGACGUGGAGGACUUGGACGUGGACAUGGACGUGGACGUGGACGUGGACAUGGACGUGGACAAGGAUGUGGACAUGGACGUGGACGUGGACAUGGAUGUGGACGUGGACGUGGACGUGGACGUGGACAUGGUCGUGGACGUGGACGUGGACGUGGACGUCGACGUGGUCGUGGACGUUGACGUGGACGUGGACAUGGACGUGGACGUGGACGUGGACAUGGACGUUGACGUGGACGUGGACGUGGACGUGGUCGUGGACGUGGACGUGGACGUGGACAUGGUCGUGGACGUGGACGUGGACGUGGACAUGGUCGUGGACGUGGACGUGGACGUGGACGUCGACGUGGACGUGGACAUGGACGUGGACAUGGACGUGGACGUGGACAUGGACGUGGACAUGGACGUGGACGUGGACGUGGACAUGGACAUGGAUGCGGACGUGGACGUGGACAUGGACGUGGACGUGGAUGUAGACGUGGACGUGGACGUGGACGUGGACAUGGACGUGGACAUGGACGUGGACGUGGACAUGGACGUGGAUGUGGACGUGGACGUGGAUGUGGACGUGGACAUGGACGUGGACGUGACGGGACGUGGACACGUGGACGUGGACGUGGACAUGGUCGUGGACGUGGACGUGGACGUGGACACGGACGUGGACGUGGACAUGGAAGUGGACGUGGACAUGGACGUGGACAUGGACGUGGACGUGGACGUGGACGUGGACGUGGACGUGGACGUGGACGUAGACGUGGACGUGGACGUGGACAUGGUCGUGGACGUGGACGUGGACGUGGACACGAACUUGGACGUGGACAUGGAAGUGGACGUGGACAUGGACGUGGACAUGGAAGUGGACGUGGACGUGGACGUGGACGUGGAUGUGGACGUGGACGUGGACGUGGACGUGGGCGUGGACGUGGACGUGGACGUGGACCUGGUCGUGGACGUGGACGUGGACGUGGACAUGGACGUCGACCUGGACGUGGAGGACUUGGACGUGGACGUGGACGUGGACGUGGACAUGGACGUGGACGUGGACGUGGACGUGGACAUGGACGUGGACGUGGACGUGGACAUGGACGUGGACGUGGACGUGGACAUGGACGUGGACGUGGACGUGGACGUGGACGUGGACGUGGACAUGGUCGUGGACGUGGACGUGGACUUGGACGUGGACGUGCACGUGGUCGUGGACGUGGACAUGGACGUGGACAUGGACGUGGACGUGGACGUGGAGGACUUGGACGUGGACAUGGACGUGGACGUGGACGUGGACGUGGACGUGGACAUGGACGUAUACGUGGACGUGGACGUGGACGUGGACAUGGACGUGGACAUGGACGUGGACGUGGACAUGGACGUGGACAUGGACGUGGACGUGGACGUGGACAUGGACGUGGACAUGGACGUGGACAUGGACGUGGACGUGGACGUGGACGUGGACGUGGACGUGGACAUGGACGUGGACGUGGACGUGGACGUGGACCUGGUCGUGGACGUGGACGUGGACGUAUACAUGGACGUGGACGUGGACAUGGAGGACUUGGACGUGGACAUGGAUGUGGAUGUGGACGUGGACGUGGACGUGGACGUGGACAUGGACGUGGACGUGGACGUGGACGUGGACAUGGUCACGGACGUGGACGUGGUCAUGGACGUGGACGUGGACGUGGACGUGGACGUGGACAUGGACGUGGACGUGGACGUGGAGGACUUGGACGUGGACAUGGACGUGGAUGUGGACGUGGACGUGGACGUGGACGUGGACAUGGAUGUGGACGUGGACGUGGACGUGGACGUGGACAUGGACGUGGACGUGGACGUGGACAUGGACAUGGACGUGGACGUGGACGUGGACAUGGACGUGGACGUGGACGUGGACGUGGACAUGGACGUGGACAUGGACGUGGACGUGGACGUGGACGUGGACGUGGACGUGGACAUGGACGUGGACGUGGACAUGGACGUGGACGUGGACGUGGACGUGGACGUGGACAUGGACGUGGACGUGGACAUGGACGUGGACGUGGACGUGGACGUGGUCGUGGACGUGGACGUGGACCUGGACGUGGACGUUGACGUGGACAUGGACGUGGACGUGGACGUGGACGUGGACAUGGACGUGGACGUGGACGUGGACAUGGACGUGGACGUGGACGUGGACGUGAACGUGGACGUGGACGUGGACGUGGAGGUGGACGUGGAGGUGGACGUGGACGUGGACGUGGACGUGGACGUGGACGUGGACGUGGACGUGGACGUGGACAUGGACGUGGACGUGGACGUGGACGUGGACAUGGACGUGGACAUGGACGUGGACAUGGACGUGGACGUAGACGUGGACGUGGACGUGGACGUGGACAUGGAGGUGGACGUGGACGUGGACAUGGUCGACUUGGACGUCCACAUGGACGUGGAUGUGGACGUGGACGUGGACGUGGACAUGGACGUGGACAUGGACGUGGACGUGGACAUGGACGAGGACGUGGACGUGGACGUGGACAUGGACGUGGACAUGGACAUGGACGUGGACAUGGACGUGGAUGUGGACGUGGACAUGGAAGUGGACGUGGACGUGGACGUGGAGGUGGACGUGGAGGUGGACGUGGAGGUGGACGUGGACGUGGACGUGGACAUGGAUAUGGACGUGGACGUGGACGUGGACAUGGACGUGGACGUGGACGUAGAAGUGGACAUGGCGUGGACGUGGACGUGGACGUGA